AUGACCUCUUCUGUAGUGAAUUUCUUGUCUUCGUCCUCGCUGCUUCUUCAAGUUUCAGUUAUCUUCACCGCGUUGAUCAGUCUGAGCGUCCUCGUGAAUAUCCUAUUCCAAGGCGUUGCCAAAAGCAACGGGAACAAGCCACCGCUCGUGUUCCACUACUUCCCAAUAAUCGGCAGCACAAUCAGUUAUGGCAAGGAUCCGAUGGUGUUCUUUGAGAGAUGCAGACAAAAAUACGGAAAUGUAUUCACAUUCAUUCUGCUCGGACGACGCGUCACCGUCUACCUUGGAGCUCAAGGAAACAACUUUGUGCUGAAUGGGAAGCAAAGCGAAUUAUCCGCAGAAGACGUCUAUGCGCCGUUGACGACGCCUGUUUUUGGGACUGAUGUGAUUUUCGACUGUGAGCAUAGCAAGUUUUUGCAACAGAAGAAGUUUGUAAAAUUCGGGCUCAGCCAGUCCGCGCUCGAGUCGUAUGUUCGUCUCAUCGCCAAAGAAACCACCGAUUUCUUCCAAACAUAUCAUGACUUCAACAUCAAACCAAAAUCAAAGACAGGAACACUCGAGGUCGCCUCCGCAAUGGCUGAACUAACAAUCUAUACCGCCUCCUCAUCCCUGCAAGGCGCCGAAGUACGUCAACAAUUCUCCUCAGCUGGGUCUCGCAUAGCAAAUCUCUACCACGACCUCGACAUGGGCUUUUCGCCAAUCAAUUUCUUCCUUCCCUCUUGGGUUCCCUUGCCUCGAAACAAGCGACGGGAUACCGCGCAACGGGAGAUGACACGACUGUACACCGACAUCAUCACGAAGCGCCGUCAGCACGAACAAGAACAACAAACCAACCAACCCGUGGAAGCUGAAGCAAAGGACAUGAUCUGGAACCUGAUGCAAAACUGCACCUACAAGGAUGGCAGCCCCCUCCCCGACAAGGAAAUCGCGCACAUGAUGAUUGCGUUGCUUCUGGGCGGACACCAUUCCAGUUCUGCCGUUAUCGCAUUUGCGAUUUUGAGUCUUGCUUCCAACCCCAAAGUUCAGGAGGAGUUGUAUAGUGAGCAGAUUAGAGAACUCAGAGGUCAAGAAUUGACGUACGAAAGCCUCCAGAGACUCAAGCUGCAUGCAUACGUUAUCAGGGAGACACUGCGGUUGUAUAACCCUAUCCAUUCGAUUAUGCGGUUUGCGAGAAAACCUCUCAUCGUCCGCGAAGAACAGCGAGGCAAUGAAAUUGUAGUACCGCAGGGAGAUAUACUCCUCGCAUCACCUGCAUUCUCGGCUCGUGAUAGGGCUUACUUUGGCGAACCCUUGAAAUGGGACCCUCACCGCUGGGGACAGAAACUCGAUACCAUCGACGAAGAAGAUGACGAUGACAACGACUCGUUGGGUAAAGGUUCGAAUAGUCCUUAUCUACCGUUUGGCGGCGGGAGGCAUAGGUGUAUUGGAGAGAAGUUUGCGUAUGUGCAGCUGGGUGUUAUUCUGGCGGUUUUUGUUAGCUCGUUCCGAGUUACAGCGGUUGAUGAGAGUACUGAGUUGCUGGGUAUUGAUUAUUCGUCGUUGUUCUCGAGACCUCAGUCGCCGAGCAAGGUGAUUUGGGAACGGAGAUCUAAGGUCUGA